AAUUGUAGUUUAAACACAUGUGGGUAGCGCCGUCAAGCUGUAAUAGAAAAAACUACAAUUCCCAGAAGACACCUGGCGGGAGGGCCGGCUGACUCAAGUAUCGCCCUAGCUGAUUGGAUGCUUCAAUGGUUCUGUAUUGACCUGGGUGCGUGAUUAGUUAAGCUUGCGGAGGCGGGUUGUUUGGAUGGUGCAGUUGAGAGGAAGGCAUCUGGCGGUAGGGGACCCGCGUAGUACCUUGUACCAGAGCUCGUAAGGUGGGGUACAGCUGUGAAUUGAAAAAGGCUGGAAAAUAUGGACUUUUCACCCCACCGUGGCAUGCAUGAAGGAAGGUCUCCUUCCCUUCAAGAUACCACCAUGAGCUCCAGCCACACCCAGAAGAACCGAGGGGACUCCACUCCGCUGCCUCCAAUCAACGAGCGCCUGGCUUUCCUGCGGCCGCCCAGAGAGCUGUUAGAGUAUUACCGCAAGAAGAUCGCUGAGUUUGAUGAGGAACACGAGGAUCUGGUAAAGCAACUGGAGCAAUACAAAGCUACCUUUGAGGAGCAGGUCACCAUUCCCCAACGUGCUGUUCAGUCUGGGGAUCCAUACGCCCGGAAACUGCAACGUUCAGGCCAGGCAGGUACCAAACAAGCACCUCUGAAAGCACCGGGGAAGCAAGACAGAAGCAAAGAGGGCAAGAAAGAAGAUCCCCAGAUUCUUUUGCUUCAGGUGGAGGCGCUGCAGGCCCAGCUGGAAGAGCAGACACGACUAUCCAAAGAGCAGAUAGAGACUCUGUUAGAGGACAGGAAGGUCCGCGUGGAAGAAACCCAGGUGCAGCACCAAAGAGACCAGGACAAAAUGAAAUCUAUGACAGAUAAGCUGAAUAAGACCCAGAAAUUGCUGUACGAGAGCACCAGGGAUUUCCUGCAACUGAAAUAAUUUGAGUGCCGAGCCAAUGAGAAAUCUUGGAUGGCCGAGAAAGAUCGGCUGCUCCGAGAGCUAGACCGGUGCCGAGAGCAGUUGGCUUUAAGUAGUGACACAGAGCAAGAGCGGGAACACGAGCGAGAGAUCCUGCGUUUGUCAUUGGUCGAGAAAGCAAGUCGGCACUCGCACAGUGAGGAAGUGAAGGUCUCUUACAGAGCAGCUGGCACAAGCACAUCGCCUCGCUGAAAUGUACCGGGAGCAGUGUGUGACACUGGAGGAUGAGCUGGGAAAGAUACGAGAGGAGGGAGACGUGGGCAGGGAAAUCUUCAAGGAACGUUCAGAUAAGGUGGCCAAGCGGCUGCAAUUGAUGGCGCAGAGAUACGAGGCUCUGGAGAAAAGGCGCAACAUGGAGGUAGAGGGCUAUAAGACUGACAUCAAGCUGCUGAGACAGCGGUUAAAGGAUGUAGAGAAGCAACUAUUCAAG